AAAUCACUUCAUCUCACUCUCAAGAACACAAAGAAUCUCCGCAAGUGAAAGGACUGCUUUUUGACUCCCCCUGGACGGAUAUAUAUCAUGGAUUUGAUCUAAAUCAAUUUGUAGGCUAACAGGAGCUGAGAGCAACAGUAGACAGGAUGAGCUGGGGAGCACUUUAUGCCCAGCUGGGAGGGGUAAAUAAACACUCCACCAGCUUGGGAAAGAUCUGGCUGUCUGUCCUCUUCAUCUUCCGCAUUUGCAUCCUUGUAAUUGCCGCUGAAACAGUCUGGGGAGAUGAGCAGUCCGACUUCACCUGUAACACACAACAGCCUGGAUGCAAAAACGUCUGCUACGACCACUUCUUUCCAGUCUCCCACAUCCGUUUCUGGUGCCUGCAGCUCAUCUUUGUGUCUACACCAGCUUUGCUGGUGGCUAUGCAUGUGGCGUAUCGCAAACGCAAUGUAAAGAAAGGACUUUUGGCCAAACGAGCUGCCGGCGUGAAAGGGGAUGACCUGGAGAGCCUGAAAAAGAGGCGUCUACCCAUCACUGGGCCGCUGUGGUGGACCUACACCUCCAGCCUGUUCUUCCGGCUCCUUUUCGAAGCUGGAUUCAUGUACGCUCUGUAUUAUGUCUACGAUGGGUUUCAGAUGACACGUCUUGUGAAGUGUGAGCAGUGGCCCUGUCCCAAUAAAGUUGACUGCUUUAUCUCACGACCAACAGAGAAGACAGUCUUCACCAUUUUCAUGGUGGGAUCUUCUGCCAUUUGCAUUGUGCUUAAUGUGGCUGAACUGGCCUACCUGAUUGUCAAAGCAUUGCUGAGGUGCUCAGCCAGAGCCAAAGGAAGGCGGGCGUUCGUUCACCAAGAUAAAAUGUCCACAGAAAAGGCAAACUUACAGAACGAAAAGAACACAAGGUUGCUUUCAUCCGCUUCGGACACCUCAAGCAAUAAGACUGUUUAAGAUUAUCCUAACAUCCAGUGACUAAUAGGUAACAGGCUUAUAGAUGACAGUGUUUUAACUUUUCUAAUGCCAUUAGAGUAUUAGUAUGUGUUUUGUACCUUGUUUUUGACAACCUGAGAAUACAAGAAAGCCACAAACCUGCCAGCAUGCUUCAUUCCAAAGCUGACAUUCCUCCCCUAAGCUAAAAGACAAUUAAGGCACAUGGCACUGCAUUGUCUGGGAAAAUGUUGGAGGUUGUUGAAUUUCAUUUUCUACAUUACUCAAAAGCCAGUCACGUCUCUCUCUAUGGCAUCUGAAAAGCCCAAGAGUGACUCCUAGUGGUCACAACGACGUAAAUGAAGUUCAGAGAUCGUCUUUGCACAAAAAUGAGCGUCCUUUUUUUUGAGGGAUCUUUUAUUGUAUAUAAAUGCUUCUUUUUAAUUUUACAAGAUAAUUAGUUCUGCUUUGUUUACGCAAUUUCUUUUCCUCUUUCUGUUACCCAUCAACAGUUUGACUAGCAAUCUCAUUUAUAGAGCUGAGUUUUGUGAUGUAUGUUUGUAUUUUGUGCUUACUUUGGUACAUCAUUUAAAUGUUUUUAACAAUGGCACAUCUGUGUGUAGUUUUAAGCCGUCUUUCAAUGUUAUCCGCAUUGACCACCCUGCUGAAAAAAAAAAACACAGUAGACACAUCACAAAAUUUGUAAUUAUUUUACUGGUUAUAAUGGUACUUGUACUGGUUUUAAUGGAAACUGUAAUGAACCUUGAUGGUUUUUACUGCACUCUAAAAAUGCUGGCCUAAAAACAACCCAAUUUGGGUUAUUUGGCAACCCAGCGGGUUGGUUUAAAUGUUUUUACUCAACAUGCUGGGUUGUUUUGAGUUGACUAUUGUUUAAAAUUAUUAUAUUGCUGGCUUAAAAUAGGCUGGAAAUUUAAAAUCACAAACAGAAUUAUAGAGGCAACAGCAAUAAUCAAAAGAUGAACAUUUAUUAUUAAGCAAGAACACCCAUGGACAAAAAUGUAAGACAAAUUACAUUUAUUUGGGUGAAUACAGCAUAGUUUACAAUAUUACAUGCAUUUCAACUAGUUUAACAAACAUUUUAGAAAGAAAAAUGUAACAUGAAGCAUUUUAAUUCAAGUGUAUUCAACCAUUCUCUUUAAUCACUUUUCACCGAAAUAGUGCUAAUUCUGUUGCCGAAAAUCUGAGCCGGUGAUGGGCUGCUGUUCACCGGGGGAACUAUGAUCCUCAGACCGCCGCCUCGCAUUUCACUCGUAGCUGAAAGAUGCCGUGACUGACACAACUUGCCCACAAACAAACAGAAUUGAGAUUAGACAACAUAUUUUAACAUCACAAUAAAUGAAAUUCAGUAUUAUGACGAAUAAAAUAAGUUUAUGUUAUGCAAGGUAAAAAAGGCAUUUCCAUCAUGCAAAACGACUGCUGCUGACGCAUUUAGCUGACUGACAUCUCGUCCUUGUAUGUUGCGUUGCAUAAACUAAUAUAAUUUACAGCAUAGUAAAACUUUAAAUGUAUAAAAACCUUUAUUUUGCUAAAGAAGUGCACCAAAUCAGCAGUGCUGAGAACCGCUCUCUCCUGUAGAGGACGCAAAAAGUCUGCGCACUGACUGCAACUCAGCAGCUGGGUUGUUUCGUCUGAGACCCAGCAGCUUAGUUACAGAAAAACUGUAAAAAAGAAAAAUCUAGUACCUGGGUAAAAAUAUUGAAAAUAACCCAAUAAAAUGGCACAACAAGCUGAACCCAGCAUCUGGGUUUAAAAAAAUAACCCAGCGUUUUUUAGAGUGUGGUAAUUGGUCGCCUUCUAUUGGUGGCUUGUUAAACCAUUAAAUCUUAAUGGAAUGUUCCAAAACACACCACAGAAAAUCAUUUUUAACGGUUUUGAUGGUUAAAAGUUGAUGGUUUGUAAUAUUUGUAUUUGGUUAUUUCUGUGAUGGUUUCUACCCUGAUAGCAUACAUACAUCAUGGAGACGUCUGUUUGACAUCUGCAUUUACAUCUGGAAGACGUACUUUUUAGAGUGUUUGCUUAUCAGCAAAUCGUCUAUAGGAUGUUUCCUAUCAGACGUCAGAUAGACAUCUAUUUGAUGUCUUUAAGAUGUUUAUGAUUUAGAAUGUGUGUAAAACUGACAUCCUACCGACAUCUGUCAGAUGUUUGUACACAGCAGAUGCUUUCCAGAUCAAGUGAUCUUUAACAGACAUCUUGCAGACGUACGUGUGCUAUCUGGGUAUUGUUUUUUUCUUUCAGCAGAGCCCUACCAGGGAUUUUAUAUCAGUAUACAGCAGUGCCUAAUGAAGUUGUCAACAAAUAAGGCUGUAAUGGCUUGAGAAUGUUUACUAACGGUGCGUACUCUGUGGCCUCGUGUCAGUCCAUCUUCCUGUUGACAGGUGAGAGCUUGUGGUCUCGAUCUUCGUCAGCUGUCCAUUAUCUUCUGCCUCUUUUUUCUCCUCUCUCUCAGAGUGUCGAAACAUGUCAGCGGUGACCAGUUUUGUUUUUAAGGCUGUAAUUGAACCGCGGGAAUUAUUGUUUCCAAAGUUUCCACAUGGUAUUGAUGGAAUCUUCUGCUGUUUCCUAAAGCGAGCUGUGAUCAUUUUUGAUAGCCAACUGAUUGUAAAAGUACAUUUCUUUGUAAUUUUGGCUAACAACUUAUCUUUAUACGAAUAUCUUAAUAAAAAUUAUUCAAUGUUU